CUUCGACCCUCUCAUCUCAUAUCUCUCAGACUCUCAUACUGAGGACGACGACCAACGUCGAUCAACGCCGACCAACGCAGAUCAAUGCCGCCUACCAACGACUGCCGAUCAACCGAAACCGAACCGGGCCGACCUGAAAAUUCGGGUCACCCGAUUUUUUCGGCCCAGCCGUUUAAGAUUCAGUUUCCGGUCCAAAAAUUAAGUCCACCGAAGAAUGCGGAUCGGAUGCGGUUUUGGCCCAUAACCGACCCGGGCCGACCCGCGCCCACCCCUACUAAAUAUGCUCAGUUUCUAUUUUACCAAAUACCAGUUGGUAAUGUUUAGGCGCCUUUACCGUAUUCUUCUUAAACCAUAAACCCUUUAUGAUAUUUCGGUCCCUAAAACUCAGAGAAGGAAGGAGUUCUUGAAUUUCUGUAGUCGCAUCUUCGAGUUUCAGGCGUUAAUUUCACAACAACUGAAACCCUAAGCAACCCAAAUGCUCCGGAUGGCUUGAAUGCAGACACCGACUUCUUCGAAUCUCUCUGCAAAUUACCAACAUCUUCAUUUCACAUCAGUUCAGGUUAUAAAUGGUUUCUAUGGAAAACCCUCGAGCAAGAAACCAAGAUAGGAUCAGUGAAUUACCAGGUGAACUUGUUCAUCACAUAUUCUCCUUCCUUCCGAUGGUAGAUGCUGUCAGAACCACCAUUUUGUCUAAAAGGUGGAAGAAAGUGUGGAGAGAGCUUAAGAAUCUAGACUUUGACAGCAAAAGGGAAUUUCGGAAGUAUAAAGGUGGUCCUCAUUUUGCAACGUUUGUCAGCCGUGUACUCUACUUUCGUGAUGCAUUAGACAUACAAAAAUUCCGUCUUAACAUUUCCUGUCCCAAGUGUUUACCUUGCAUUGCGGAUUGGAUUUGCACUGCUGUUUGGCGUAAUGUUGUUGAGCUUGAUCUUCGUAUUAGAUUUGAAGGUGGGGAGGAAAAUUUUAUGUUUCCUGAGUGCAUCUUUCGGUGCAAAACCCUUGAGGUUUUGAAACUGACUCUGACAUUCUGGCAGAUCACCUGUGAUCCUCCUACAUCAGGCUCUUUCCCAAGUCUCAAGUUCCUCCACGUAUCAGUUUCUGAACCUGACCAGGAAGUAAUGCAGAAGCUUUUCUCUUGCUGCCCUGUACUUGAAGGUUUGACUAUAGAUGGAACCAUUGACGGUGACAGUCGUAGUGGUAAGUACAGUUUUAUGAUCUCUGCUCCGGAACUGACGACAUUGAGAAUAGAUUUGGAAAAUAUAUGGGAGUUUCUCGAUGUUUCUAUAGAUGCCCCAAAGCUUGAAAACCUUGAUCUCAAGCGGCUUGGUUUGACCAAUUGUUUUCUAAUGGGGAGUGCAAAAUCCCUAGUCAAUGCCAAUAUUGCUUUCAGAGAAUACUUCAAAAUAGUAGGACAGCUUGAUCUUUCUAACUUUGCAAUGGCACUUCUGGAUCAAGUUUCUGAUGUUAAAUCUCUAUCCCUUUCGGCUCAUUACUUGGAGGAUUUGCAUCUCCCUAAGGAUUGGCAUCCCCCUCUUUUUCGUAAUGUGAACCAAUUGAGGCUGGCUUUUUGGGAUCCCAGUUGCUGGGAAUUGCUAGCUGUUUUUCUCAACAGUGCACCUAGUCUCGAAGAUCUUGUCUUAGAAGAUAGAGCUGAAGGUCACUCCGAAUUUGCAGAGCUUCACUGGAAUCCACCAAGUAAUGUGCCUAUUUGUUUGUCAUCACAUCUGAGGACUAUCUCCUUGAAGGGAUUCAAGGGAUUGCCAGUUGAGAUGGAAAUGAUAAGGUAUCUGUUGAAGAAUGGUCAUCUGUUGAGUAAGAUGACGAUUUCUACAGGUCUUCAUCUUUUGUAUCCGGAACAGGAGGAGUUAUACACGGAGUUUAUGAUGUUUCAUAGGGCAACAACAUGCCAUUUCGAGUUUAUGCAGAUGCAUGUUUAGGUUUUACAAGAAUUUUAGUUCAUGUCCUGUGUUUAGAAGCAUUGGUAAUUGAAGCUAUAUGAUUGUAGAUAAAAAUCUGUUGCAGUAAAGCCUAAACGCAGAAAUAUGUUUGGCUCUCUUGCAAAAUGCAGAAAAGCCUGUGUUUGAAACUACUUCUGGUUGUGUCUUAGUAAAUACUCCAGUAUUAUAUGACCUAUCAACCUU